AUGAAUCUAGUUGGACAGAAAGACCAGUCCUCUCCAUUCACCAACAGUCUAGAAGACGACCGUCUAGGUCCAGCUUCCAAGGACCACUACAUUGCCACCUCCAGUAUCUGCACGCCUUUCGAGCACUUGCAGUUUCACCUCGACAUGACCAACGCCCAGUAUCUGAUGCCGAGCACACAUCAACAACCGAAGCGACUGCGUGUCCACGGCCUAACUCUCCCCGAUACGGCCGCUUGUGUGAGCGGCCCACAUACUGCUGCCUAUUCCCCCCCUGAGUUGGCCCCAUUCACUGUUUCGGGCAUUUCUUCAUUCAACUAUCCAGCCACCGUCGACACAACCCUUCUAACACCAAUCUCUGGCUCUGAGAGCCCCCCUUUAGACCAAAUGUCGUCCCCAAAGAUGGAGCAUUACCACUCCUCUCAAUCUGCAAUGCCUCUCAAUGAGGUACCGACGCCUCCAAACACAGGAAGAUUAACGCAACAACCUCACCUGACCGUCCAUGGAUCUCCAAUGCACCAUCGGAUGGCCUCCAACGGUCAAGCGCCUCUCCUCACCCAUCCCAAUCCUACCCAGUACAGACCACCGUCAACCCCAAAGAUUGUUGGUUUUGAGGAAUUGCGCGGCGAUCCCGCCCUGUUCUUACCACUAUAUCCUGCCCACACACCAACCAUUGCUCCAUCAAAGCGAAAGCGACAGGAGAAGAGCAAGAGCUCCAAACCUGGUAAAACAUCAUCUAUAUCAAAGGAGUCGCCACAUCCAGGGUACAUAGAUGGACCUGCUGCUAAUCAAGAUGAGAAGGGUGUUGAGGAAGAGCUUACCCUCCAUGAUGACGCACCGGACGACGAUAAGUUCUUGUUCCAGCUCAGAAAGGAGCAUAUUUCUGAGAAGGGGAAGGGGAUGUGGGAAGAAAUGAAGGCCAAGUACUCAGAGAAGCAUCAGGGUAACUGGGAAAAGGCGGCACUGCAAAUGAAGGUAUCGCGCGCAGUAGCCAAGUUUGGUGUAUGGCCCGAACAAGAGAUCCAACGUUUGAAAGAAGCAUUCUUUCAAGACGAAGAGAAGAGAUACCAACGCCUCAUAGCCCACAUGAAGGAGAAGGGCGGAUGCAAGGUCUGGGACUGGAAGCCUCAACAUAUUUCGGCCAUGCUUAUCAAGUUGGGCCUUGAGGAUGCCAAAGUAGAAGAAAAGACAGGAAUCCGGCGGCGCAAGAAGUUGGAAAAGCGGAAGCAUACAAGCCCGGCAUUGCAUGGCGGGACUGCUUACUCUACGCCACAUUUUCAGCAUCAAAACAUGGUAGCUGGCUGGUCCGAAGGAUCGGUUGGUCUUGGUCUCCGCCAUGUCUUUCCCGACAAUCAUUCCCAGCAGCAACCCCUGAUGAACACGAUAUCGACCAGUCAACAGCCCUCUCAUGGGCAAUCUUUCUACGAGUUGACGAGCGACGAAAAGUUUCCCCAACUGACUUCCGAACAGCUCUACGAAACUAUUGACCAGAUGUACAACGUUGCUGAAGACGAGAUGUCGAGUCCCGCUUUCACAGACGUAGCAGAUAGCGAUGAGAGAGCGGGCAAUGCUGCUACUAGCAGCGCUCACACUUCACGGCCGCCGACGAGAGAUGCGCUGAACGUUUACCGAAAACCCUCUACCGCGAAGUUGGCACAACAGGCGUGCGAGCAGCUGCUGCAAGGACGGCAACAAUAG